UGAGGAACUUUCGAGUUUGUUUAUCAUGAAACCCUCCAUCAGCUGAACAGACUAAUAACAAAAUGUCUUUUUCAGCGCACGAAAAUGGCGAUUCUAGGCAUUCUAUGCCUCGAUGUCUAUCUGACACCAGACUUGAUGAAGCCUUCAGUGCUCAUGGGCAAAGUGGACAUCGAUUUGUGCGCAAAACUUUCACUCGUCCGACAUAUUGCCAUCACUGUACGGACAUGCUUUGGGGUUUUACAAACCAAGGACUAAUUUGUGAAGUUUGUAAUUUUGUGAAUCAUGAUCGAUGUAUGCAACUUGUUACAACUCCAUGUAUUUCCAUUGCAACAUCAUUGGUGAAGGAGCCUGUUGCUCACAGUUGGAGUGGUCCAUCUUUCUUUCGGCGAAGGUUUUGUUGUGUUUGUAGAAAGAGACUUGAAGAUCAUGUAGCUUUUAGAUGUCAAGUUUGUGAAUAUUUUGUUCAUGAGGAGUGUAAAGAGUUUAGUGUUAGUGACUGCAAGAAGUGUGCUUCGUAUGUUCCUCACAUGAAAAAUUCUGUAAGGCAAGCUCACCAUUGGAGAGAAGGAAACAUACCACCCAGUGCAAAGUGUGCACACUGUAAACGAACUUGUGGAAGUGUGGAGUGUUUGACAAGUGUCAAAUGUAGCUGGUGUGGGCAGGCGGCCCAUAGUUCUUGUCAGUUUAUGUUACCUAAAGAAUGCGGAUUUGGUUAUCUUCAUAAGCUUUUGUUACCACCAUAUGCUGUUUCAAUGCCAAAUGUCACCUUGUGGAGUUCUUGUUCAGAAAGCAGAUGCAAACCUGCUACAUCAAGAGGUAUGCUGAAAGGUGGUGUUGACAAUGAUGAUGGUAUAGUCUCAGAUGACCCACUCCAUAACACAGACAUGAGCAGUUUAUCUUUUGAUGCAGAUGAAACUUAUUUAAAGAUAUAUGAUGGUGACAUAACGGAUCCAAAACUUUGUAAAAACAUAGUGAUUCCCAGGACAGCUCAAGUCAGCAAUGUUCUUGAAGAAGCUCUGAAAAAAUUCCACAUCACAGAUGAUCCCAGCAAUUAUUACCUUGCAAGAGCUGUGGAUGAAGAAAAUGAACGUGUCCUUGAUCCUGAAGAGAAGCCUCACCAGUUUACUGGUAGAAAUUCAUCCAAACCUUUAAUCUUUCUUCGCAUGAAGAGUGCAGAUCGACGGAAAGGAUAUAUAAGAGUUUACCCUGGAAUGAUAAAUGCGGCAGGAACAUUCAAGAUAAUCCCUGUGACUGCACAGACAACUGUUACAGAAGUGAUCAGUGCUGCUUUAGAAAAAUUUGGAUUAAAGGAUGCCAACGAGAAUGAUUUCUCUUUGACGGAAGUAAACUUAACUCAAGGAGUCCAUGAACGAAGAAUGGAACACGGUGACUGUCCAUGGAAGUCCUUGAUGGAUAUUAGAAAAAAGUCUGUAAGGAAAAUGAAACUCACAAGAUUCUACUUGAGGCGAAACUUAGAACCCUUGGGCAGUGUAUGUAUAUGCGUUGGUAGUCUCCCAGUUGGCCUCGACACGAGUAAAUACAAAACUUUGAUUGGCGACGUUCUAGGAGAAACCAUGGAAUUUUGUGAGGUGAAAAGUGUGUUUUCUAGUUAUGGUAUGGUGUUUGUGUUUUUUCCUGCUGCUGACACAGCAGCGGAUGCUGUGAAUAAAUUUAAAAGCUCCACCGUGGACAACAAAGAGCUGUUCGUGAGAGUCUUACCCAGCAUUCAUCCUGGACUGUUUCCCCCUGGAAGCCAACCUCUUCUAGUACUGGUAAACUCCAAAAGUGGUGGUGGUCAGGGGGCCGACAUGUUAGCAGCUUUCCAGCGGCUGCUCAACCCUUAUCAAGUGUACAGCCUCUUAGAGGGAGGCCCAUUAUUAGGAUUUUAUGCUUUCAGAUCUAUUCCUGAUUUUCGUGUCUUGAUCUGUGGUGGUGAUGGCACAGUUGGCUGGGUGCUGUCAUGUUUGGAUGAUGUUGUUCAAGAGAUGAAGUGUAAGCUACCUGCAUCAGCAGUUCUUCCUCUUGGCACUGGUAAUGAUCUCUCUCGUGUUCUCCAUUGGGGAGGUGGUUACUCUGGUGGCGAGAGUCCUGUAUCGCUUCUCAUGGCCGUUGAUCAGGCACACGAAGUGUUUCUUGAUAGAUGGUGUGUCAUGUUUGAUUCAGCGGACACUAACGACAGUGCGCUUGGCUCGAUGGGAGGAAGAGAAGACGAUCCUAGUAUUUUUACCAUGAAUAAUUACUUUGGCAUCGGAAUUGGAGCUGAGCUUUGUUUAGAUUUUCAUCUUCAGAGGGAGGAAGCACCUGAUAAAUUCCAUAGCAGGCUUCAUAACAAAGGAGUUUACUUUAGAGCAGGUAUAAAGAAAAUGGUCAAAGGCUACUCGCGGACAUUUACUCAAGAGGUCGAAAUAGAGAUUGAUGGCAAAAAACUUGACUUACCAACACUAGAAGGAAUUGUAAUUCUGAACAUAGGCAGUUGGGGAGCAGGCACAGAUGCAUGGGGACCAGACAAAGAAGAUGGUCAUUCCCCAGCUUGUCACUGUGACGGUCUUGUCGAGGUGGUUGGACUUCAGGGAGUAAUGCACCUAGGUCAAAUUCAAAGUGGAAUCAGGACUGGUAUUCGGCUAGCACAGGGAGCCCAGAUCAACAUCAAAUUAAAAUCAGAGAUGCCCGUACAAAUAGAUGGUGAACCUUGGAUGCAGCCUCCUGGAAAUGUGAUUGUACGGCCCAUACUAACACAGGCGCUGAUGCUAUCGAAGAGGAAGGUUAAAAUAAAAAACAAAAGAAGACCCACAAGUUCGUCUCGCCCUCCUGCAAGCCCCAGCGCAACAAGAACUAUUUUUUAUGACGAUUAAACACUUACCCCGGGCUUAUGGCAGCUUAAUUAGAAACCAUACUGGAUAUUUUUUUCCAGCUCUGAUUUAUACUUAACUUGGUAAUCUUGUAAAGUUUCAUCUAGUUAAGUAUUGCUUUAGCCGAGAAAAUGUAAUUCGAAAUUGUAAAGGAAAUUACUGUCAUUUGUAUCGCUUUGGGUAUACGCUGUAUUGUAAACAGUGCAGACUAAAAUUCCAUCUUUAUAGUGCGUUAAAUUGAACCAAUUGUGAAACUCUACCAGCACGAAAUGCAUGCUGGUUGAGAAAUCACACGAACAUCACGUGCUCGUCAUAUAGGCUGAAACAAGGAGAGCGGCUCAGUCCUCACCAUUCGAACCUCUUCAGUGUACAUUACCAUUCGUGCUAUUGGAGUCAAUUUCUAACACCGGCCAUGAUUUGUUUAUCGAAGUGGUAUAUAAUGAUUCUGAACUAGUCUCGGCCACAUUCUGUCUUUCCCCGUUCCGCCCGUAAAUGCGCAAAGGCGUUGUAGUAGACGCUACGCGCUAACGAACCAAACUCGUAACCUGGUAUUCCAUAGUCGUAUGUAGGAAAAAAAGGGUGGCGCGAGA